AUGUUUUUCGCAACCUUCCUGAUUAUUUUUAUCGCGAACGCUUGGAGACAUGGAGACCGAGCACCAAUAACAAUUUAUCCGACCGAUGUUCAUCAGGAAGACGCUUGGCCGAAUGGCCUCGGUGAAUUGACUCAAAGAGGUAUUGUGCAGCAGUAUAUGCUUGGGAAACAUAUUCGAGAACGCUAUGUCGAACAUUUUGCACCUUUUUUAUCACCAACUUAUAAUCAUAAAGAAAUAUAUAUAAGGAGCACAGAUGUUAAUCGGACUUUAAUAAGUGCAAUGGCCAAUGUUGCUGGAAUGUUUUCCAGUGAUCCCUAUAACCGAGACAGGAAUAUGUCGAACCUUAUGUGGACACCAGUACCAAUUCAUACUGUAGAACUGUCGACUGAUUAUAUUGGCUAUUAUCAAGCGAAUUGUAAACGUGCUGAUCAGUUAUUCGACAAUAUUCGAAUAAGUGAUGAGUUCAAAAGAAUGGUGUCAGAUAACAAAGAGUUCGUGGAGUUUUUAACUAAUAAAACUGGAAUGAAAGUUGAUUUUUCACAAAUACCUAUCAUUUACGAUAUCUAUAAAACAGAGAUUACUCAUGGUAUGCAGCAACCAGCAUGGCUAAAUGAUAAAGUUGUAAGCAGACUUUAUCAAUUAAGUCAGGAAUAUAUUAGCUUUGCUUAUGGAUAUAAAAAACCAAAAAAUGUCGAGCUCAUUCGAUUAAGAGGAGGUAAUUUACUCAAGAAUUUGAUCGAAAAUAUGGAAACAAAACUGGAAUGCUUGGCGAAUCCAAAGGAACCAAAUUGCCAAUGGAUGAAAUAUCGUAAAUAUCAAGGCUUUUCUGUGCAAAUCUCAUCGAAUAAGUUUAAGCAUGAUUCCACCAUGAUCUUACUAUUCGCUUCAUUGAAUCUCGAAGAUGAAACUUCGAAAGAUUUUUCUAUCUAUAAUUCGGCAAUUGCAUUUGAAACUUGGAAUAGAACUAUUGAUGGCCUUGCUGUGCGGGUUUUAUAUAAAAGGUCGAAUAAUAAUAUGUUUGAAUCAGUCACUCAUAAAAUCGAUGGAUGUUCACAUUCUAGCAAAUAUUGCCCGUUGAAAGUUUUCAUGAGACGUUCCAAAAUAUUUCUGCCAAAUGAUAUAAAUAAAGAAUGUAAAACAAAAUAA